AUGGCUUCCAUCGUCACCCCCAAGAAAGGAAGCAAGGAUAACGACUUCAACUACCACUUCCUGUGGGAAUGCUACGCUAGCAACCCCACCAACAAAGUUGAUUUCGCUGUGGUCGCUGAAAAGAUGGGUGUCACAAAGAAGGCCGCCGAGGGACGCCUUUAUCGCCUCAAGAAAACCAUGGAAACCAAGCCCUUCGACAAAUCCCCCGAGAGCAGCGGCUCCCCCAAACCCCCCAAGAAGAAGCCUGCUACAACCUCUACUCAAGCCACUCCCAAGUUGGAGGAGGGCGAGUUUAAGAAAGAGCAUCACGAAGACAAUCCAAAACUCGAGUUGAAGCAUCAAGAUCGCAUGAAGGGCACGAUCAAGUCGGAGCACGAGCUGCUCAAGGAUCAGAAGGAGUCCAAGGAUGUGCUGGCCAUCAUCAAAACUGAGACCCAGGAAGAUUCCGACCAGUACGAGCCCAUAGCUGAAGAAGACUUCGCUUAA